UGCUACACCUGUCGUGAUCGGUCGCCAUACAUGUCACGGAGUUUGAAGUUUAAGCUUCGUCGCGUGUUCCAUAUCGCCGAAACUCUACCACCUGUUUGGAUACCCGGUAUCCAACGUUGGGCUAAUUUAUUUUAGUCGUGAAUCCGUGAAAAUGCAAAAGGAAGGAAAACAAAAUGCUGCAUUCGUCGGAGACGAUGGCCACUCGACGACGAAUUUCCAAACCUCGAACGCGAACAGCAUCGCUGAGAAGAAGCAUGGCGAUGAGAAUUUCGGCUUCGAUUAUGGGAUUCAGGAUGACCGCAAGUUACGACUUUCCCCGUCAAUUCCAGAGGAAAUGUCUACCGCGGAGAAUGGAGCAGAUAGACCGACCUGGGACAACGGAUUGGAAUUUCUGAUGUCCUGCAUCGCCAUGUCCAUCGGUCUCGGCAACGUUUGGAGGUUUCCGUUCACCGCUUACGAAAAUGGCGGCGGUGCUUUCCUUAUACCUUACAUCAUCGUCCUCUUCGUGGUCGGCAAACCGUUUUAUUACCUGGAGAUGAUAAUGGGGCAAUUCUGCAGCCGAUCGUCGGUGAAAAUGUGGGCAGCAGCGCCAGGAUUUCGAGGUGUAGGCUGGGCCCAAAUGUUCUCCAUGCUCGCAGUAGGCACUUACUAUAGUUCUCUGAUGACUACGACUCUGUAUUAUCUGGUCGGAAGCUUCCAAUCCCAACUUCCUUGGUCCAGCUGUCUCGAGGAAUGGGGUGACUCUUGCGUAGAUUCUGGGGGAUCCUACAACGUCACCGGACGAAACAGAAGUUCCAUGAUUAGCUCUGCUGAACUCUACUUCAGGAGAAUAGUGUUGAAGGAGAAGCAGACGAUCGACGACGGGAUCGGUUUGCCCGAUUGGAAGCUGACUAUCUGUUUGCUGUUCGCGUGGGGCUGCAUAUUCGCUGUAUUGGCGCGCGGCGUGAAGAGCUCGGGAAAGGCGGCCUAUUUCCUCGCUCUCUUCCCUUACGUCAUCAUGAUCAGCUUGCUGAUCAGAGCGGUGAGCCUGGACGGCGCCGUUAACGGGAUCGUUUUCUUCAUCAAGCCGGAUUGGGGGAAGCUGUUCGAUGCGAACGUCUGGUACGCUGCUGUCACACAGUGCUUCUUUUCACUGUCGGUGUGCUUCGGUGGUGUCGUCAUGUACUCGUCCUACAACGACUUUAAACACAAUAUAUACAGAGAUGUCAUAGUGGUAACCACCUUGGAUACGUUCACCAGUCUCAUAGCAGGUUUCACCAUUUUUGGUAUACUCGGGAAUUUGGCUCACGAACUCGGCACAGAAGACAUCAGCAAUGUUGUUCGGGGCGGAACCGGUCUCGCCUUUGUCUCUUACCCGGACGCAAUUGCAAAAUUCACUGUUCUGCCGCAGCUAUUCUCGGUGCUGUUCUUCCUGAUGCUCUACGUUCUUGGCAUUGGAAGCGCUAUCGCCCUGGUGGGCUCUCUCGUCACCAUCGUCAGCGAUCAAUUUCCGACUUGGAAGCACUUGUACAUAGUACUUGGCGCGGUUAUAUUCGGAUUUUCCGUCGGAACUGUUUACUGUACACCCGGUGGGCAAUUCAUUUUGGAGCUGGUGGACUUCUACGCUGGCUCCUUCGUCGUCUUCAUCUUAGCCACUUUGGAGAUAACUGGUAUCUUCUGGGUGUACGGAUUAGAAAAUUUCUUAGACGACGUAGAAUACAUGAUGAAAAGAAGGCCGUCCGCGUAUUGGAGGCUCUGCUGGGCCAUCAUCACCCCCCUCUUGCUGGCUGUCAUCUUAAUUUACAGCUUGAUCUCUUUGCGACCCUUGACUUACAGCGGUAUUUCUUAUCCGUACAGUGCACACGCUGCUGGAUGGAGCAUCUGCGCUUUCGGGAUAUUACAGAUUCCAUUCUGGAUGAUAUACACGAUGAUCUCUAAGAGGCACUUGAAAUUUCCCGAGAUGAUCAAGUCAGCCUUCAGGCCAUCCUCGCAUUGGGGGCCGAAGAACGCGAAACAUCUGGCUUCCUGGCGCGAAUUCAAAGAAAUCAGACGGAAAAUACGGGAGAAACGAGAAUGCUCGAGGAUGAAGCAGUUCGUUUACGUGAUACUCAGUUGGGAAGAUAAGCUCGUGUAAAGAGAACCGAGCGUUCUCGCUCUAUAGUAAUUCAUACAUCGAUUAUAAAGGCACACAGUGGCCGGUGAACAGUUUCAGAAGUGAGCGAUACAAUGGAUUCGAGUCUAUUAAUCUUCUGGCUCUCCGCUUUGAAACCAUUUACCUCACUCUGUUUUGUACUUUCACGGAUCUAAGAAAAUAGGAACAUCCUCCCUUCCUAUCUCUUCCUCUGAAGACAUUUCACGGCGUUCAAAAUAUCCAUUGCAUUUCUUUGUUCAUUUUUGCCCUGCUCGUUCAGUUUGCCGUCUUGUAAAUAGUUCGUACCUGUAUAGACGUAGGCUUCAACGCUUUUUUUUAUCGUUUAACCCUUUGGUAAUCACUACAAAGUAUGUUUUAUAAUUUUAGAUCGAAGAGAAACGGACGCCCAAAUUCGUUGGAAGUUUCGAUGACAAAUAAAUUAUGUCACAAAAUAUUCGAUAAAUCGUAAGCGUUCUCCGAUGUCCGCCAUCUUCGAAGAUACAGUAAUUCUUGCCUUCGAGUGCCAAAAUGGGAACUGUUGUUUGACUUACGAGCGCAGUAGGCAGCCAUUUUUAUCUUGAACCGAGGGCAAUAAGCAGGAUAGAAAAGCGAAACUCAAAUUGAAAUAUAUUUCGUCGUUAGAGGGGUUUAAAAACGUAUAUUUUACGUACUGCGUGUGCUUUGGAUAUUUCAGUUAAACGAUAUACGCACGAAUAUAGUAAAUAUUUUUCUAAACAUUGUCACUUGAAAGCGGGAGUUCUGUAGUUUCUUUUUCCAGUGUCGUGGAGUACAGUAUUAAGCAGAAAAUCGAGUGACACGAUAGUUUUAAUGAUUUAUGUUACACAACUGCCGCGAAAAGUAUUUAAACUCUCAAUUUUAUUUAUUAACGCGACAGUUUCUUUCCAUACUACUGCCUUUAAAAUACUUAGAGUACGCUUUCAAUAGCAUUUACUAAAGGUGUGCGAUAAAUACAGGGUGUUCGGCCACUCCUGGGAAAAAUUUUAAUGGGAGAUUCU